GAAGGGAAAGGGCGCGUUUCUUCAGCGGCAGCAACGGGUCGUCUUUUCGGUUCCAUUCUCUGCCCUAAUAAAACCCUAAUAAAACCCUUUCUCUCUUUCUCACCUUCUCUUCUCCCUCCUCUCCAAACCCUAUCCCUAGCCCACUUCCUCUGCCACUUCUUUCCUCUCAUCCCUCGAAGAAAGGGCAUGGUGUCGAUGCUCUUUUCCGAUUGCUCUACUUCAGCGACGGCGCGCCUCGUCCCGUUGCAGAGAAGGAUCAGUGUGUUGACUUCUCAGCUUCGUAGCCAGGUUUCAUUGCCAUGGAGGCCUGUGAGCCUUCGCCUUGUUCACUCUAGUGGCUUGCGUUUUCAAUCACCAUGCACUGUAGCUUCAGCUAUGAGUACAGACACUGCCGCUAAGAUCAUUGAUGGGAAAUCGGUUGCAAAGCAAAUUAGGGAUGAGAUUGCUGGGGAGAUUGUGAAGCUGAAGGAUGCAACUGGCGUUGUUCCAGGAUUGGCAGUUGUUCUUGUUGGUUCAAGAAAGGAUUCUCAAACAUAUGUGCGAAACAAGAAGAAGGCUUGUGAAGCCGUGGGCAUUACUUCCUAUGAAGCCAAUUUACCUGAGGACAGCACGGAAGAGGAAGUAAUUAAGCAAAUAUCUGUAUUUAACAAUGAUCCAUCCGUUCAUGGGAUCCUGGUUCAGUUGCCUCUCCCUCGUCAUAUGAAUGAAGAAAACAUCUUGAACGCUGUAGGUAUUGAGAAAGAUGUGGAUGGCUUCCACCCACUAAAUAUUGGCCGUCUUGCUAUGCAAGGUAGGGAACCUUUAUUUGUUCCAUGUACCCCCAAAGGAUGCAUCGAACUAUUACACAGGUAUGAUGUGGAAAUCAAGGGUAAGCGGGCUGUUGUGAUUGGCCGGAGCAAUAUUGUUGGAAUGCCUGCAGCAUUACUGUUGCAGAGAGCAAAUGCUACAGUUAGCAUUGUGCACUCCUACACUAAGAACCCGGAGGAAAUAACCAGGCAAGCAGAUAUUGUAAUUACAGCUGUCGGGGUGGCUAACUUGGUGAGGGGUAGCUGGAUAAAGCCUGGUGCAGUUGUCAUAGAUGUUGGAAUCAAUCCGGUUGAUGAUGCUGAAAGCCCCAAAGGAUACCGGUUGGUUGGUGAUGUUUGUUUUGAGGAAGUCUCUAAAGUAGCAUCUGCUAUUACUCCAGUUCCGGGCGGGGUUGGUCCGAUGACUAUUGCUAUGCUUCUAUCAAACACACUGAGUUCAGCAAAAAGGAUACACAAUUUUCAGUAAAUAUCGAAGAUUCAUUAGUUUCUCUGGUUUCAGAGAGGCAUGUGAAAUGCUAACUGUUCUUAGGGUGCUUUCUGGUCAAGAUAUUUGAUUCUGCACUUCUAAUUCAAGUCAAUAGGAAGAUCUAAUUUUAUAUUGUGAUGCCAAUAAGAGCUUUUACAAAAAGCAAAGCAUAGGAUGGCUUGACCUGAUAAAGCUUUAUUUUUUUUUCUUUGCAAAAUGUUUGACAGUUUUCACCCGUUGGGAUCUAAGAUGGUAACAUUUGU